GCAAUGAUGGCGGCAGCGGGAUGCGGAUCAGCAACCGCGGCUGCCGUAGGAGGCCAAGGUGGAACCGCUACGGCCAGAGGUCGUUUCCCCGGUCGGCCUUGGUCAUCACGCAGUCGUUUGCGCUCUGAGAAGCGUUGGCAACUCGGACGAUCGGGCUUAGAAGCCGACGAGGUGACUAACGGAGGGCCAAGGCCCACAAACCUGGUUCUAUCGUUAAACGAAGACCAGUCUCACUUGCGCUUGCUUGGAAUACAGGAAAGCCACAAGAUCCUUGGCCAGGCUGGAUACAGCUCUAGUGGGAGUGAAGAGGUGAGGUCCCAAACCCACCCUGGAGGGGAUGACUUCAGAGGAUUUGAAGCUGAGACAAAAGGUUCCAAAGGACCUGCAUUGUCUCAACAAAAUUCUUCCAAAGGUGAUGCUGUCAACACAAAAUCGAAACGACAAAGUGAGAAGCUACCGCCUAAAACGCCAGCAGUGAAGGCAGCUACACCGCCUGACCCGGCAAAAGAUGUAAAAUCUUCAGAGGAAAUGCACGGCAUAUCCCCUCAAGCAAAACCAGUAAAAGAUUGCAAGAAAGGUUUGAAAGGAAAAAGCACUAUGGAUCGACAGCCCACCAAGAGCAGAGCUUCAUCAGCAGCACCGAGGAUUACUAUAAAGUUGGUGGCCAAAAAGAAAAUCAAAACUGUAAAGGAGCCUCAGAAAAAAUCGGCAAAGAAAUUGAAGAUGAAAGGAGAUCAGGAUCAGCCUAAAGCCAAGGACAUUCAGGGUGACCAGGUUUUAAGUGCUCGCGUCAAAUUAAAAACUGAACCACAGGAGGAUCAACAUGGCACAGAAGAUAAAGGAAGGGGGGCGGUACCUGCAAGAAGGCGUGGGAGAUCUGCUUUAAAAACAACAGCGCCUGUAUGCCAGACUAGCGCCAAAGUUGCGGUUAUUGACCAAAAAUCAAAAGAGGGAGAAUCAGUUGAUCAACUUGAUCCUGUAAAAGAGAGCGGGACUGUAGAGCCAAAAUCACAUGCAAAGAAAUUAAAGCAUAAGGAAACUGCUGCAGGGGAGGGUUCUGAUGUUAAUCAACUAGUGACUCGUAGGAGCAGUAGAGUCACAAAUCCACUCUCUAAAAAAGCCUCGGAGAGCACAGUUGAACCAGAAAGUUUGAGGAUAAGUGAUACCGUUGUGGCAGAGUCCAAGUCAGAAGUUUCACGGACAGUGGAGGUUAAACCAUUGGUGGAAAGUAACAGACGAAGGCAAAGCAGAAGGCUCAAUAAAAGUGUUACAGUGCCAGAAAACCAAGGUCUGUCAUCGUCAGAGACUGAUAACUCAGCUGUACAACCUGGUGACAGUUUGCCUUUGAAAAAUGAGGACAGCAGGGUCCCGAGCUUAAAGUUAAAAAGGAUCAGAAACCCCAAAUAUGAUGCACAGGUGGCUGGGAAGAAUUCAUCUCGAAAGAAAAAACGAAGAAAAUUUAUCUGGACUUUAACGUUAGUAAAGCGAGGAAGUCAGACCUCAUGCGCUGAAAACACAUUCACAGUAACACCUAAGACUGUAGAUGAAGUUGAUCAGCCUGCUCUUUGUGAUAUCAGUGUCAAUGAAAAUUCAAAGGGAAUUGAUGAUAAAUCUAAACUGGAUGACACAGCUCCACAAGAGAGUGAAAGCACAGAGAGUAAUGAGAUUAAUGAAAAGGAUCCCCAAAACAAGCCUGAGGAGUUGUUGGGGGAAAAGACCACUUUACAGGUUGAAGUUGCAGUGGAACACACAGCUGAAACAUCGCCACAAGAAAUCACUAAAAUGGACUGUGGGAAAGUUGUCCCCCCUCUUCAGAUUAAAAAGGUCUCAUCUCCUGGCAAACAUAAAAGUUCAAAGCCUUCCUUUUUAAUUCAGCAGGUCAGCCCUGUGGCUGAAAAGAGGUUGGAGAAAGAGGAGAAAGAGGAUGUUGGGAAUGAUCAAAAUGAAAUUAAUGAAGAUAAAUCACCAUGUCUGGAUCCUGAUGUCACACCAACAAGGCGGCUAAGGAGGAGGACAUCAAGCCUUGAUUCACCACCAACAAAGUCUGUCAGUCACAAGCCAGUGACUACGCCGAAACGAAGACUUAGAACCACUCCACAGGAUGGAGAUACUCCACAGGUUCAAGUUGAAGAUUCUUCUCAGGUUUCAACAGAAGAUUCCAGCUCACACGUUCUUCCUGAAAACUCUUGUCACAUUUUGGCUGAGGCACUAGCACCAACCACCUGUAUAAGCUCCUCUGAAAUUCCUGACAAGGAUACCUCAAAUAUUGCAGAAGAUCCCUCACAGGUGCCAGGUGAAGUUUCCCCACCGAAGGUGGAGAGUGACGUAGAACCACAUAUUAAUGAGGCCAAACCAUUGCCUGUGCCUUUUAAGCCUAAAAGAUGUAGAAAUAACAAACUAGGGAAAAAGAAGUCUGUUCAGAGGAAGAAGGCUGGUAUUUCCACUGAAACUGCUGUCAACACAGAGCCUGUUACAGCUGACGCUACUAACACAGAGCUUGUUCAAAAGGAAGACACUCAGCCUUUAGUAACAGAGGUAAGCCAGCCAGAAACAAAAGAUUGCACUCAGCCAGAGACCAAACAGGACCCUGUGUCAGUGGAGGAAGAGCAGAUGCAGCCACCAGUAAAGGAGGAAAUGGACAUCCAGUUGAUUGAAAGUGAGCAAUCUUUAGCACUGGAAUGCCAAGCUAGUGAUCUAAAUGCAUCAGCAUCUCACAAAAAAGUAAAAAAGAGGCGUAAAAACUUAAUUGGGCAGCGCCAGAAGCACAGACACAGGAGCAAAGAUGGAAAAUUUGCCCCACUCAGACUAUCUGAAAGUCAACAAAGUAAUGAGGGAGAUGAUGACAUUUCUACCCCACUGGCAGCUAAUGCACCAUCCCCAAGCUCCAAACUUAUUGGGGUACAUAAAAAGUACAAAAAGAGGCAGUCAGGUCUUCAGUUUAUUGGAUCCAAGAGACCAAAACCUAAAGUAGUUUCCAAAUUGAUAGAUAUUGGACUUGAAAAACAAAGUUUAAAGCAAGAAGAAACAGAUACAUUAGUUGACGGGGGACAGGCAGAUGUUGCAGAGGCUCAGCGCAGUAAGUCAAAGUUCAUAAAAAACAUCAAGCACUUCAUAAUGCCUGUUGUAAGUGCCAGAUCCUCACGGGUGAUCAAAACCCCACAGAGGUUUAUGGAUGAUGCAGGAAUGUCUGUAUUGCCUCGAAGAAACUCCCCAAAGAAGGGUUUACAAUUGGGCUUGCAAAUACGGCCAGGAAAGAGGCGAGAUGACGGGACAGACAGAGCAAUAUCGCCAAUCCUGCCAAUUGAUGAGGAGGACAUACUGAGUGAAGCUCAACUGGAUGUUGAUCUGUUUUCUGCUCAGGACCUCGAUGAAAGCAUUGAUCUCGCCGAUAGCCUGUUUUCCGAAAGAAAAAGUGUCAAAAAUGAUAAGAACAGGGCCCUUCUAAAGAACUCUAGUUUCAAGUGGCAUCUCCCAGAAGAAUCUAGCAAGGAAGUAAAUACACUGGACAAAACUCCAGAAAACAAAUGUGAGGAUCUGUUUUCACUGACACCAGUUGAUAAGCCUACAGAACUAUCUACUGACCUCCUGGAUGUUCAAAAAAAGAAAAGCUGUCCUAAGUUCACCAAGCAAAUGUCUCACCUCAAGAUAUAUCAGAGGCUGAAGAAACCACACCUGGGACUUCCUAAAAGCAAAAACACAACAGAGCCUGAUGGUGCGAGCAAACCUCUUCAGCCUCCUGUUGAUUUAGCAGAAGGACUCGAUGAUGAAGCCAUGAGCAUUAGUCUUAGGCAACGGGAUACCAGCAUAGAGAAAGACAAGUCCAAGCUUAAAAUCGAAGACCUCGAUACACCUGGAGUGGUGAGAAAAGUUUCUGUGUGUGUUAGGACUAUGAACUCCAAGUCAAUUGCAUUGCACCAUGGUGAAGAGGAAGAUGUAGCUGCAAAAGACACUGCCCAGCCUCACUCAGGAGAGUCGCAGUCAGUACAGAACUCAGGCACACGUGAAGGCAGUUCUCUUGGGUCUGUGGAGAAGGGAGUACCACAAAGAGCACGGCUCACUGGUGCAAAUAAAAGAAUGUUCAAUCUCCUCAGGAAAGCCAAGGUCCAGCUUAUUAAAAUUGACCAGCAGAAACAGCUUAAGUCCUCUGGGCUGUUAUCUGGCUCGGCUGGAGCCAGGUCUCAAGAUGUGACCUCUAAAAGACAAAGGAGGAAGCAGAGGGUGCAGCUUCAUUCUGAUGUUCCAGUCAAGACAGAACCGCCUCAAGUACAACCACAGCUUAUCUCCCCAUUGUGCCAGGAGUUCCGUAGAGCAGGAGGUCCACGUAUAAAGCAUGUGUGUCGUGCUGCAUCUGUGGUCCUCGGGCAGCCGCGUGCCAUGGUACCAGAUGAUAUUCCCAGACUUAGUGCCUUGCCACUGCAUGAAAGAUCUGGCAUUUCCCCAUCAUCUGUCCCUAAAGAUGUUGGCUCUCCAUCUGAAUCAGACAGUCCUGGACUGUCGGAUCCAAAGGUCACCAAGGUCAAAAAGCCAUCGAAUUUUGUGAAGCGGAAAGGACUUGGACCAUUUGGGUACCGGUCUAGGAGGUGUGGAGUAUGUAAAGGCUGCAAUCACGAAGAAGAUUGUGGCAAGUGCAUUAACUGCCUGGACAAACCCAAGUUUGGUGGUCCCAAUACCAAGCGGCAGUGUUGUGUAUAUAAGAGAUGUGACCAAAUUGAGGAGAGGAAAGCACGCAGAUUAAGUGGGAGAACAGCACCCAAAGGGUCCUCUAAGAGAAGGCGAUCCUCUCUCAGUGGGGGUCAUUCAAGUAAUGACGAAGGGAACGACUCACCAUCUGGUCUCCAGAGUAAUGGACACAGUCCAUCAGUGAGAAAGCAGCCGAAGCGUGUUGUUAAACCUCGUGUCUAUUUUGACCUGGUGGACUAUGACUCAGAUCUAGAUGAUAAAGCUCUCUCAAACUCUGCCUCACCAGCAAGGAGAAGAGGUGUCGGACCCCGUUUCAGUCAAGACUUUGUGUCACUGGAAGGAUUUUUGGGAGACAUAUCAGAUGAUGAGGUUCGGCAUCGAAAAUCCAGUUCACACCGUGUGCCGUCAGCUCGACGUAAACCUGAGAAGGUUGCAGUUGUCUCUCAGGGUCUCCCAUCUCAGGGUCCUUUGGAGCAGACUCCUCCCAGUGUCCUGGCUGCAUUGGCCCAUGGGUUUGAGCAGCGAACUGUUGAGUCUUCUAAACCUACUCACAAAAUCAGGGUUGACUUCAAGGAGGACUGUGCUUUGGAGAAUGUCUGGAAUAUGGGUGGAUUAAGUAUACUGACCUCUGCGCCACCAAUGCCACCCUAUGUCUGCUUCCUUUGUGCCAGUAAAGGACAACAUGAGAUGCUGUAUUGCCAAGUGUGCUGUGAACCUUUCCACAAGUUUUGCCUUGAGCCAGCAGAGCGCCCCUCUGAGGAGAACAAGGAAAACUGGUGCUGCAGGCGCUGCAAGUUUUGCCAUGUGUGCGGAAGGAAAAACAGGCUCUCAAAGCCUUUAUUGGAGUGUGAACGAUGCCAGAACUGCUAUCACGCUUCCUGUUUGGGACCUAACUUUCCAAAACAGAACAAGAAGAGGAAAGCCUGGGUGUGUAUGACAUGCAUCAGGUGCAAAAGUUGUGGCGUUACACCAGGAAAGAGUUGGGAGACUGAGUGGAACCAUGACAAAGGACUCUGUCCAGACUGUUCAAAACUCUUUGAGCAGGGUAACUAUUGCCCAAUCUGUUUCAAGUGUUAUGAGGACAAUGACUAUGACAGUCAGAUGAUGCAGUGUGGCACCUGCAACCACUGGGUACAUGCCAAGUGUGAGGAUCUAACAGAUGAGCUGUAUGAAAUCCUGUCCAGCCUACCAGAGAGUGUAGUGUAUUCGUGUCGACCCUGUAGUGUGACCCAACCCAGUGCCUGGAGAGAGCUUCUUUACAUUGAGCUCAGGGCUGGGGUGGAGAAGGUGCUAGCUUGCUUGCUUUCAUCCACCCUCACCCAGCACCUUGUUACCUGCUCACAGUGUGAAAGAUUGGUUGACCCUGACAGUGGUAUAGAAGGAAAACCAGCCUGUGACCUUCGAGCUGUAGGGAAGAAGUUUGACAAAGGCCUUUAUACUACAUUGAAAAUGUUCCAUGAGGAUGUGGUCCAGGUGGUGAGAAAGAGACUUGAGCAAGAGGAAGAUCUUCCAGAGGAGCGGAGACCUACUGCCUUGGCACGUUCCUACUACUUAAAGCUUCUUGAGGAGGUAUUUAAUUGGUUCAAUAGCCAAGACCCAAAGGUGUGGGACCCUUGUACCAAAGACUUGCCAGUGGGGAUGUUGUCCCAGGCUGUUCAUCCUCCCACAACAGAGCAUGUCUAUGCCCAGUGGCAGGAGAGGGAAGAGCUCUCAACUAGAGCUCCACUGGGGCUCCUGCAGGAGGACAAUGGGCAAAGCUUUGAUAUAAAGGAAGAAGAGGCACUUUCUCCAAUGUCUAGGGAGCCAACAAGCCUAAACCACUUUAAAAGCAGCAGACUCAAAUUCAAAGGAAAAAGAGGUCGGCUUUCAAAAGCUGAUCUAGAUACUGGGUGGUCUAAAGAUGAUGAGAGACAAUGCUCUUUGUGCCAAAAAUAUGGAGACCUCAAACCAAAUGAAGCAGGCAGGUUACUGUACUUGGGCCAAAAUGAGUGGGCACAUGUCAACUGCUGUCUGUGGUCCGCAGAGGUUUUUGAAGAGGACAAUGGCUCUCUGCUACAUGUACACAGUGCUGUCACAAGGGGGCGCUUGAUGCGAUGUGAACGUUGCAACCAGUCGGGUGCCACUGUGGGCUGCUGCCUGACAUCUUGUCAAAGCAACUAUCACUUCAUGUGUGCCCGCUCCCGUCAGUGUGUCUUCCAGGAUGAUAAAAAGGUCUACUGCUACAAACACCGACAUCUCAUCAGUGGCAGGAUGAUAACAGGUCAGGAAUUCGAAGUAAACCGCAGAGUGUAUGUUGAUUUUGAGGGGAUCAGUCUCCGCAGAAAGUUCUUGACUGGGUUGGAGCCAGAACUGAUCAAUGUUAUGAUCGGUUCCUUGCAGAUUGAAAAACUAGGUGUUCUGACAGAACUUUCAGCCAACAAAGGAAAAUUGUUUCCUGUUGGUUUUCAGUGUUCCCGCUGGUACUGGAGUACGGUUAAUCCAUUGCGCAGGUGCAAAUACACUUGUACAGUUCGAGAGGUCCGGCCCAUUGUGCCGGAGAAGCCAGUUGAGGAGAUGCCAAACCAGGGAGAUAAUCACACCAUUGCUCACAGCCCCUGUCCAAUACCUGAAUCCGAAGCUCAAGACCCUGACACGACAGAGUCCCAACCCCCAGUGGAGGAAAACUUUAUUCCAGGUCCUCAGCUGAAGUCCGAUCAUGGUGCAAGGCCAAAGAUUCCCCAACCCAGGAGGCCAGCUGGAGGAAUGUCUCGACCUCUGCCUUCCCCAGGAGUAGCCCAGCCCCACCACAUUCUGACCAUUAGUGAUCUAGAAGAGACUCGAAGAGUUCGUCGCCACAGUCCACACUCACAGACAACAGGCUUGCGCAGUCACAUGCCCCCCCCUCCUUUGGGUCCCAUAACUGGAUCAAUUACACUCCGCACUGGAAAAAAUUCCCUUCCUACUUCCCCACUAUUCCCACUUGGUGCUACAGACAGCAUAAUAAAUUCUCCGUCAUCCCGCCCCGUUGGAGGAAGAAGUUCUUCUUCAGUCCGAUGCUCUGGGAGUACAGCCCAUGGUAACUCCUCAUUCUUUCCUCAGUCUCCUUGGCAGGACAGUGCAGGGACUUUUCCCUCUGCAAAUCUACCCUUCGCUUCACCGGUACAACAUUUACCCAGAAGUCGACUGUCAUUUGAUCUAAGCCAGUCGGACUCAGUUGAGGUGCCACACAACUUCUUAGCUUCACCAGAGCCUGAAGAUGUCUCUCCAGCAAAUGGUACAUCACCCCAGGAGGACUUGGACCAACAGAAAGAUGAAGAAGAGUUUCCCUACAGUUCAUUCCACAAAGAUUCCAGCUUGAGUCUGGGGCAAGAGAUGCGGACAGAACUUGAAAUUGAAGAAACACUCCUGAAUGAGGGGGUGGCAAUGAACUGUGGGGGGCAAAUAGUGGUAGAAGGUGACGAUCAGGAAGAAUUUUGGGGACCAUCCCAAGAAGUUCACAAGAAGAAAACCCUUGUUGCCAGUUUGCCACGGUCUGCAGCCUCAGCCAGGGAUGACCUGGGCAACUCAUCCUCAGAUGAAGAUAUGGAGCACUAUUUUGACUUCUCACGCACAAUAGUCAGCUGCCCGGGAUCAAAAGAUCAUUCCAAGUCUCCCUCCUCUCCUUCCUCCCGGCCUAUGGCUCAGCUGGAUGGGGUGGAUGAUGGAACAGAGAGUGAUGCAAGUAUACCAACCAGUGAUAAUGCUCAAAAGGUUGAUGGUCAAACUCAAAUACAAGCCAAAAAACAAAAUAAUAAAAAUGUUCCUGACGUUGAAACUGCUAACAGGACACAGGUCCCCAAAGCUUCAUCUGAUGAUAAGCAAACAGAUUCUUCCUUAGUUACCAAGAAAGACCCUGCUGAUAGUUCAGCUCAAGAUGCACCUAAAUCUUGUGAUACCAGUCAAAGCUCUUUAGUAAACCAGGAGACUGUGCUUUCUACUCCAGUUGAUAACAUUCUGCCUAACUUAACUACAAAUGUACCUAAAAUGUCAUAUUCAGAGCCUUUAUUGGUAGGUUCCAGUUCAGGAUUGGCUUCUGAAACACCUCUUCUUCUUGAGAGAUGUGACACUAGCCCACAGUUCACUGAAAUGCUUCCUGUGCUACAAGACACACCACUUGAGAUGCAACAGUCCGAAUCUUGUAAAUCCCUGAACUCAGAACCCGACUGCAGCAACUUUAUAUCACCACCUGAGGGGGCCAACGUGCUGAUGAAUCAUUUAACAUCUAGUACAAUGGAUCCCCCGCUAGCAGGUUCUGCUGAUAAUAGUCAGUGUUCUCUGUUGGGUCUUCUUCAGCCCUCCCCUUUAAUGUCAACAGAUGUACCAAACCCUUCUCAAGGACUUAUAGACCCUCUCCAGAUGUAUUUGCCUGCUUUCAGUCAGCCUCCACUAACAAGCAUUACACUGCAGCCAGUGACAGCUGCACAAGAGUCAACAACUUUUCCAUCCCUGGAAUCUGCUAAACUGACAACUCUUAGUCCUGUUGCAGAUGUGACACAGACACUGCUAAAUGUUGCACCUCAGAAUGAUCCAGGCUUAUCAGCUACUGUUUCUCUACCUAUGUACGCCGCACAAACACAGCCGCUGGGCUCUACAGCUGUCAGCAUUGUUUCCUCGUCUGGAGCAAUAUCACCUCUUCCUGGACUGUCAACGCACUGUUCAGCUGCUCCCACACCUGUGCAAACCACCUCAGCCCCAAUGAUCUUAAAUGGUUACAGCUCUUCAUCUGUACAGAAGGAAGCUACAGCUGGGCACACGAUCUCCAUCAAUUUCUCGACAUCCAGACCAACUGUCGAACCUCAGCAACCAGUGGUACCCCAGGCAUUACCCGGUCAUGCCAUUCUUACUGUGAAGGAGGUGGGAGGUCCAAAUGUAGACCCUACACCACAUGUACUACUGGUGAACCGCCUUGGGCAGAUCUUUGUGAAAAAUCCAGAAAGCAACACUUUCCAGCUUCCCACUCCCAACUCCCCCUCCUACAACUGUGUCACUCAGAUUGCCAGCCUUUUGCAGAGCAACGCACUGUCAGCCACACUGGCAGCAGCUGGUAAUAUGACUGCUCCAACACCUGUGGCCAACGUGACAACAGCAGUUCCUCCACUAGCCAUACCCACAGUUCAGAAUCAAUCUACCGUUACGCAGCUGCUCACCCAUAAAAGCAAUGAUGCAAUGCAGACGGUUAAUGUGAAAAAGUCAAGAAAAACCACAAAAACACCAAAAGAUGAAACUGCCCCAGAUUCAAGAAAACCAAAGAAGAAGAAGGAGUCCAGCACAUCAAGAAAAUCAAAGUCCUCCAAAGCCUCAGGGCAACCUCCUCUGCCGUCCGAGAAUCCCCCCGUGAGUCCUGCUGAAAGUGCCCAAGCAAUUAUUAAUCAAGCAAUGGCAAGUAACUACACCCCCAAGUGGAGUGGGCUUCGAACAAUGAGCCCUUCCUCACUGGUUUUGCCUCCUGGCCUGUUAAUUGACCCAGAGCCUCCAGAGUCACCCUGCUCUCCAUCACCACCACCAAAACCAGCUCCUCCACCCCGCCCUCGCACCCACGUCCGCAUGAAAAGAGUGUCUUCACUUUCAGACCGCAUUGUCACAAAGAAAUCUAAAGUUGACUUCCUGCAACCAGAGCCCAUCAUUGAGGAUGAAGAGCGGCACAAACCAGCCUUUCCAAGCAUCUCCAGCAGGGCCUCGGGAGUUCGUAUCAAGACCCCCACAGUGAAAGGAGUACUGAACCUGGACGAGUUAAAAGAGGAGCAUAUAAGUGAUUCUGAUAGCUCAGGAUCAGAGCCUUGGAGUUUCGUGUCUUUGGGUGAACAAAGCAAACAGCAGGCCUGGGAACCAGUGGUUCACAGCACCCUGACCGACUGGAAGAAAUAUUCUGGCACUGCUUCCACCUCAGACGAUGAACCACCUCCAUCUGACAAUGAUGAUGGAUGUCCGACUAACAGAGACCAGCCACACUUAAGAUUUGAGAUAACCAGUGAUGAUGGUUUUAGUGUAGAGGCAGACAGCAUCGAAGUGGCUUGGAAAGCAGUGACAGAUGGGGUGCAGGAGGCUCGAGCAAUUGCAAGGUUGAGGCCUCUGACGUUUCAGUGGCUCACCAGUGCCCGUGUGCUGGGUCUGGUCCACGACACAGUGGUGUUCUUGCUAGAGCAGCUUCAAGGAGCUCACCGUUGCCAACGCCAUACUUUCCGUUUCUUCAAACAGUUCAGCCAGGAGGAUGAUCUACCCGUCAACCCCAGUGGUUGUGCCCGCUCUGAGCUCUAUCUUAGGAAGUCUACAUUUGAUAUGUUCAACUUCCUGGCUUCUCAGCACAGACAGCUCCCUGACAUUGGGCCUUAUGAUGAUGAGGAAGACGAGGUUCUUUUGAAGUCCACAAGACGGGCUACCAGUUUGGAGUUACCCAUGGCCAUGCGCUUCAGACAUCUGAAAAAGACAUCCAAGGAAGCAGUAGGAGUAUACAGGUCUGCUAUCCACGGCCGUGGUCUUUUCUGCAAGAGGAACAUUGAAGCAGGAGAGAUGGUUAUUGAAUAUGCAGGAAUUGUCAUUCGCUCAGUGCUCACUGACAAACGGGAGAAGUACUAUGAUGGGAAGGGUAUUGGCUGUUACAUGUUUCGUAUUGAUGACUUCGAUGUGGUGGACGCAACCAUGCAUGGCAAUGCGGCGAGGUUCAUCAACCACUCCUGUGAACCCAACUGCUACUCGCGGGUGAUCAAUGUGGAAGGUCGGAAGCAUAUUGUCAUCUUUGCUCUUAGGAAAAUCUACAGGGGGGAGGAGCUCACCUAUGACUACAAGUUCCCCAUCGAAGAUGCCAGCAACAAACUCAACUGUAACUGUGGGGCCCGGCGAUGUCGUCGUUUCCUCAACUGAGAAAUUUCUUGGAUCAAAAGGGGAGGAUCCUGUUUACUAGUAAGCCUUAAAUUAUGGUGGCACUGGAUCAGGCUUGAGGAGGCUGCCAGUCACUCUGCCGAGCAGAGGAAUAAGCCACUAUGAGACUGGUCAAAAACAUAUGGCUAGUAAGAGGUGAUGACUUUUUUUUUUUUUUUUUGAUAGAGCAGAAGAGGAUGAGAACCAGCACAAAAAAAAAAAAAAUUCUGCAGUUUCUUGCCUCGUAUAUUCAAAAUGUACCUCUGCUUAUGGAGCAGUUAGAAGUAAAUCUGCCACGAGAGGAAGUGGUUUUGGGUAUUUCUGAUAACCGGAUAUUUUAAAAUG